AUUUUAGCUGUCAAAAUCAUAAGCAAUGUUGUUUCUAUUGAGCUAGGACUCGUAUCGUUUAUUAUUAAUUAUUAUUGCAAAAAGUGUGAAUUUUAUUGUAUUAUAAUCGAUUAAAUUUGCGUAGUUACAGUGUAGCUUACAUUUUUAGGUUCGUUGUCUGAAAAAGGCAUAAAAAUGGAUGACAAUAACGUGGAACAAACGCCUGCUUCUCAAAGGCUCACUAAUGAAGAUUUUAGGAAGUUGCUGAUGACCCCGAGGGCUACGCCUGGAGGCUCUGGGGGAUCCCACCCUGCGGGCUCAGUGCGCGAAGCCAUGGCAAAUUCUGGCUCAAUGCCACCACCUGCGGAGAACAAAGGAGAAUUACGUAGAAAAAAGAAGUCUUACUAUGCAGCUUUAAAGAAACAAGAAGACAAUAAGUUAGCGGAAUUGGCGGAGAAGUAUAGAGACAGAGCAAGGGAGAGAAGAGAUGGAGUUAAUGAAUUGGGACCCAUGGAUCCUACCAGUAACACUAGCAGCGCAUACAGAGCGGUUGCCCCAGACUUGAAAUCAGGAAUGGACGCCAAAGAGAGAAGGAGGCAGUUAAUCCAGGAAUCCAAAUAUCUCGGUGGUGACAUGGAGCACACGCAUUUGGUGAAAGGUCUCGACUACGCACUCCUUCAGAAGGUGAGGUCCGAGAUUCAAACCCGGGAGCAAGAACAGGAGGCCGAGAUGGAACGGCUGGUCACUACACCUGUGGAGCCAGUUAAGGAGAAGAAGGAAGUUCCUGUCGAGGAAGAGAUGCAAUUUGAGACGGCAAUGGGAAAAAACAUCUUCAACAUGAUACAGGAACAAAAGAACAAGAAAGUGGUUCGCAACGAAAUGUUUGCACCCGGCCGUAUGGCUUACGUGGUGGAAUUGGAGGAUGAGGGGGGAGCGGACAGUGACAUCCCCACCACUUUGACGAGGAGUAAGGCGGAUGUCCCCGCCCCGGACACCAGGAGCUCCGCCGCGGCAGCCAAUGACGUCGUGUUGGAUAAACUUGCCCAAAUCUUCUCGUACCUAAGACAUGGAAGGCAUCGGAAACUUAAAAAAACCAAAGGGGAUAAGCCAUCGGAAAAGGGUCGUGCAGAUGAUUCCAUUUAUGGAGAGAUCGGCGAGUAUAAUCCUGGGGAACGACAGGAGCGGCGCGACGACAGGGCCCGUACCGGCGCCGGCGGGUACUUCGACAAGCCAGCCGAUGCUGAUGACAAGAUGAUGGAUGUAUCGGAUCCGGUCCGCGGUCGAGUGCCCGAGGUGUCGCGCCGGUCGGCGGCGCUCCUGUCGCGGCUGGCGGCGGAGCCCCAGGGCUACGCCGAGUGCUACCCCGGCCUCAGAGAGAUGGACGACGCCAUCGAUGAUUCAGAUGAUGAAGUGGAUUACACAAAAAUGGAUGCCGGCAAUAAGAAGGGACCGAUUGGUCGUUGGGACUUUGAUACCCAGGAAGAGUAUUCAGCGUACAUGAGUAGCAAGGAGGCGCUUCCGAAGGCCGCCUUCCAGUACGGAGUGAAGACACAGGACGGACGGAAGACGAGAAAGACAAAAGACAAGAGCGAAAAAGCCGAACUCGACAGGGAAUGGCAACAGAUUCAGAAUAUAAUUCAGAAACGCAAGGCGCCUCAAGCUGUUGAUGAACCUUCAUACAAGUCAGCCAAAUACUAACCUUCCAGAAAGCCCAUAGGAGACAUGAAAAAGUAAAAAAAUACUUGAAAAUAAUGGUUAAAGAGACCCGACUAUGGGCGAACCAGGGUUGAUAAGAUUAUGAAGAUGGAGAAAGUCAGCUUAGGAUGUUGUUAUUGACAUCCCUACACUGCCGUUGAGGAAUUUUAGGCAGUCACUUUAACAGAUUGAGAACAUCUAACUAACGAUAAAUUAAAUUAAAAACGAUAUUUCAAACAACUGUCUUGAGACAUACUAGAUUUAUUGAAAAUAACGAACGACUGUUUUUUU